AUGAUAGCCCGUCAUUGUCGCCACGUGGUGUCAAGAAUUGACAGCGAUGACAAGUCCGCUGAGCAAGUCAAUGACAACAUUCUGAUCAAAUUCUCCACACUCUCCGCUAUGGUAGACAAGGCAAGCUACAAGGCAGAAGAUGAAAGGCUUGCGGCCCUCAAAGAUGAGGAGGGCAUACUUUGGGAUGCCACAAUGGUUGACGACCCUUCAGCGUUGAAUGAAACCCCAGAGAAGGAGUGGAGGGGAUCCUUUGCGGGAAUAACUCGGAUUCAAGUGAUUGUUGACACCGAGAAGAACAAAUAUCAUACUCUGAUAGGCUAUACCUCCCUGGACCACAGACCGAAAUUCAAGUUGUUCACUGGCCUACCCUGGAGUCAAUGCACCGAUCCGCCCAACGGCAAGAAGGCAAUCUUCAUUCAAUCUGAGAACAAGGCAGAUCAGAGCCACGAGGACCUUCCGUUGGCAGUGUGUGAUGCUCUGAAGAAGUUUGUGAAUUUAGACAACUUGCGACGUGUCGAAGCUUCUCUGCUGGACCGCCAACUCAGCCCACUCUUACAAAUGAGGGCAACUUCCACCAAGCAUUCCGUGCAGACUGCUUCUGCUCUCUUGAGGAGAAUUUCUGAAGUCCAAAGCCAGCCUCAGAAUGACAAUUGCGAUGCCCAAAGCCUUGAGACAAAAUUAAUUGAGUGCUUUCUGAGACUAUUUUGGCCAGCUGGCAAGCUUGCGCCCCCUGGCAACGUAUGCAUCAGUGAUUCACGCAAAUCAAUCGAUUGUCUGCUGGAAUUCAGGUUAAUUGAAGAAAAGCUGAAAAGAUUCGGAAAGCUCAUAGCUCCUCUGUUGCGUCACAUUUAUGCCUUGCUGGACCUGACCAAAAUGUCCCCAGUGAAGGAAGACACAAGUGAGUACCAGGGCAUUGUUGUGUACUUUAAGAAGAGCUAUGGUGAUCAGUACAGAAUUCUGCGCAAUGGUCUUCGCCCCGACAACUGCACAAAGGGCACACCCGGGAUAUCAUUUACGGAUACGACAAAGAGGGCAACCGGAGACUGUCUCGCUGGCUCUGGACAAAAGGCGUUUUUGUUGUUAUGCGAGGUUGAGCUCGGCAAGGAAUGUGGGCCCUCAGAUUGCAACAACAGUGCAGGGGACGGCAACCACCGCAUCGUUGAAAACCCAAAUGGCAUCAAAUAUCAGUCAUGGCGUGAUGGCGAAUUCGUACAUGAGCUAAAAGGCGCCAAACUCCCCGAUUUCCGCCUUCGGUCGCCUUCCGGAAGCCCAGAACCUGAACCGACGCCCUCCAAGAAGUAUGUCAUCACGGAUCCAGCACAGAUUCGCCAACGAUACCUAUUCCACUUCAUGUUUAAUUGA